AGUUGCGUCAAAGACGCGCCAAAAAGGAACGUGGAAGGAGACUGGAGUUUAGCUUCAGUAGCUAAAGAUCCAGUGAGCCCGUGAGGCGUUGGGGAAACUGAGGUCCCACGCGGGGACGUCUGGAGAGCUGCGACUGAAGAGAAUCGCAGGUCUUGGGUAGGGGUCGCCUGAGGAGCUCGGGCCUCAGUCUUUUCUCGGCCCUGCCUAGAUUCACCCCGGGAGGAAGGGAGAGCGGGGCGGGGCACAUCUGCUGCUGUCCAGGAACCUGCCCUGCUGAGAACUGGGAGACCUUUGGGACGUCUGUCUUUGCAAGUAAGAACAUCCUGAGGAGAACUAAAUGAAGUGGGGGUGUUUAACGAAGGACAACAGGCCUACAGAAGACAUGAAUGGCGACUAUAGAGGCAGAGGAUUUGGACGAGGGAGGUUUCAAAGCUGGAAAAGAGGACGAGGUGGUGGGAGCUUCACAGGAAAAUGGAGAGAGAGAGAACACAGACCUGACCUGAAUAAAACCACGAGAAAGCAUACUUCUGAACAAACCUCACAGUCUUUGCUACUACAAUCAACAUUGGAUCAGUUCAUACCAUAUAAAGGCUGGAGGCUUUAUUUCUCUGAAGUUUACAGCAGUAGCUCUCCUUUUAUUGAGAAGAUUCAAGCAUUUGAAAAUUUUUUCACAAGGCGUAUUGAUUUAUAUGAUAAGGAUGAAAUAGAAAGAAAGGGAAGUAUUUUGGUGGAUUUUAAAGAACUGACAAAAGACGAUGAAAUGACUAAACUGGUACCAACUAUAGCAAAUGAGUUAAGGGAUACACCUGAGAAAACUUUGGCUUGCAUGGGUCUGGCAAUACAUCAGGUAUUAACUAGGGACCUUGAAAGGCAUGCAGCUGAAUUACAAGCCCAAGAAGGAUUGUCUAGGGAUGGGGAAACAAUGGUAAAUGUGCCACACAUCCAUGCAAGGGUCUAUAACUAUGAGCCCUUGACACAGCUCAAGAAUGUCCGAGCAAAUUACUAUGGAAAAUAUAUCGCUCUGCGAGGGACAGUGGUUCGUGUCAGUAACAUAAAGCCUCUGUGCACUAAGAUGGCUUUUCUUUGUGCUGCAUGUGGAGAAGUUCAGGGUUUUCCUCUUCCAGAUGGAAAAUAUAAUCUUCCCACAAAGUGUCCUGUGCCCAUAUGUCGAGGGAGGUCAUUCACUGCUCUCCGUAGCUCUCCUCUCACGGUUACGAUGGACUGGCAGUCAAUCAAAAUACAGGAGCUGAUGUCUGAUGAUCAGCGAGAAGCUGGUCGGAUUCCACGAACAAUAGAGUGUGAACUUGUUCAUGAUCUUGUGGAUAGCUGUGUCCCAGGAGACACAGUGACUAUUACUGGAGUUGUCAAAGUCUCAAAUGCUGAAGAAGGUUCUCGAAAUAAGAAUGACAAAUGCAUGUUCCUUUUGUACAUUGAAGCAAAUUCUGUUAGCAAUAGCAAAGGACAGAAAACAAAGACUUCUGAGGAUGGGUGUAAGCAUGGAGCACUGAUGGAGUUUUCACUUAAAGACCUUUAUGCCAUCCAAGAGAUUCAAGCUGAAGAAAACCUGUUUAAACUCAUUGUCAACUCACUUUGCCCUGUCAUUUUUGGUCAUGAACUUGUUAAAGCAGGCUUGGCAUUAGCACUCUUUGGAGGAAGCCAAAAGUAUGCAGAUGACAAAAACAGAAUUCCAAUUCGAGGAGAUCCACAUGUCCUUGUUGUUGGAGAUCCAGGCUUGGGAAAGAGUCAGAUGCUACAGGCAGUAUGCAAUGUUGCUCCACGUGGUGUGUAUGUUUGUGGUAAUACCACAACCACCUCUGGUUUGACUGUAACUCUUUCAAAAGAUAGUUGCUCUGGAGAUUUUGCUUUGGAAGCUGGUGCCCUUGUACUCGGUGAUCAAGGUAUUUGUGGGAUAGAUGAAUUUGAUAAGAUGGGGAAUCAACAUCAAGCCUUGUUAGAAGCUAUGGAACAACAGAGUAUUAGUCUUGCUAAGGCUGGCAUGGUUUGUAGCCUCCCUGCAAGAACUUCCAUCGUCGCUGCUGCAAAUCCAGUUGGAGGACACUACAAUAAAGCCAAAACAGUUUCUGAGAAUUUAAAAAUGGGGAGUGCCCUGCUGUCCAGAUUUGAUUUGGUCUUUAUCCUGUUAGACACCCCAAAUGAGGACCAUGAUCACUUACUCUCUGAACAUGUGAUUGCAAUAAGAGCUGGAAAGCAGAGAACUGUUAGCGGAGCCACUGUAGCUCGCAUGAAUAGUCAAGAUUCAAAUACUUCCGUACUUGAAGUGGUGUCUGAUAAACCAUUAUCAGAAAGAUUAAAGGUGGUUCCUGGAGAAAAAAUAGAUCUAAUUCCCCACCAGCUGUUGAGAAAGUACAUUGGUUAUGCUCGGCAGUAUGUCUAUCCAAGGCUGUCCACAGAAGCUGCUCAGAUUCUUCAAGAUUUUUACCUUGAGCUCCGGAAACAGAGCCAGCGGUUAAAUAGCUCACCAAUCACUACUAGGCAGCUGGAAUCUCUGAUUCGUCUAACAGAGGCACGAGCAAGGCUGGAAUUAAGAGAAGAAGCAACCAAAGAAGAUGCUGAGGAUAUAGUUGAAGUUAUGAAGUAUAGCAUGCUAGGAACUUAUUCUGAUGAAUUUGGAAACCUAGAUUUUGAGCGAUCCCAGCAUGGUUCUGGAAUGAGCAACAGGUCAACAGCAAAAAGAUUUAUUUCUGCUCUCAACAACAUUGCUGAAAGAACUUACAAUAACUUAUUUCAAUUUCAACAACUUCGGCAGAUUGCCAAAGAGCUUAACAUUCAGCAGGUGGAACGGAUUUUUGACACAUACCCCUCUGAGGUGGAUACACAGACAGUGGGUGAUUAUACCACUUGUGAAUGAGGACACAGAACUUAACCAAAGUAGGUUCCUACAAGAAUGGACCACAUAAAAACUCUUAGGUGAAGACUUGAUAGUUCACCUAUUCUAGUAACAUCAGUACUUUUGUGGGAAGGAAUGAUGGAAAGUUAGCA